AUGGCUGCCCAGUGCACUCCCCUCCUGUUCCUUGCCUGUGUGUUGGCCCUGCCUGCCCCACAUCUCGCCACGAGCAUCCAAAGCCUGGCUCUCCUCAACCAGUCUCUCCCCGUGGCUGCUCCGAGGUCGUUAGUGAACGGUUGGCCCAAGGACUGCAGUGAGGUCCCUGCUGGCAGCCCCAGCGGCGUCUACAUCAUCCAGCCCACGGGGCUGCACACCAUCCUGGUGUACUGUGAGAUGAGUGAGGCGGACGGGGGCUGGACCGUGAUCCAGAGGAACCACAGAGACACACCAGUCACCUGGAACGAGUCCUGGAGCACCUACAAGCACGGCUUUGGGAAUGUGCACGGCGAGUUCUGGCUGGGCACCGAGAACAUCUACCAGAUCACCAGGCAGAAGGUCUACCAGGUCAGGUUUCUCAUCUGGGAUACUUCAAACAACAGGAGAUUUGCAGACUACAACCUGUUCAGCCUGGACGAUGAGUCCCAGGGCUACCGGCUGAGGCUGGGAGCACACUCGGGGACAGCAGAGGAUGCCAUGGCCAGGGGUACCACCACCAUGCACGACAACAUGAAGUUCUCCACUAAAGAUCAGGAUCAGGACACUUCCAGUGGGAACUGUGCUUCCAGCUCCGGGGGUGGGUGGUGGUACUCGUCGUGUUACUCCGUGAGGCUGAACAUCAGGGGGAGCAUCACAUGGGGCAGCCUGUGCAAUGGGAACUGCAGAGCCUCUGCCAUCCUCAUCAAACCCCUCACCUGCUAG